GAGGAAGACCCACAGCUUGCAUUUUUUUGUUUUUCUAGGGUUUGUGGAGAUCAAGGCAAUGUCUUGAAAUGGCGGCCUCGUUGCGCGUGGCAGAUCUUAGGGCGUCUCGAGGAGCGUGGAUCCGAAGGCGCUAAGCGCGCCGUCGCUCUCUUUCUGGCGCGGUCGCCUCUUCCUUUGUCAUCGGCUACAGUGGGGCGCCAUUGACUCUCUCUGCCAGGGGCUAGGUUUUCUCGCGUGAUGCUGGAGGGGAGCUGACGCAGUGUGCGGCGGGGGAGCAAUGGCGAGCCGGGUCAAGGAGCAAGAGAAGAACGAGAAGAUUAUCCGGGGCCUCACCAAGCUCGCGGAGAAUCGCAAAUGCAUCAACUGCGGAAGCCUGGGUCCUCAGUAUGUCUGCACGAAUUUCUCUGUGUUUGUGUGCACUACUUGCAGCGGGAUCCACCGGGAAUUCACUCACCGGGUAAAGUCUAUCUCCAUGGCGACUUUCACUCCAGCGGAAGUGUCUGCUUUGCAAGCUGGUGGCAAUCAACGUGCACGAGAAACUUAUCUCAAGGAGUGGGAUUCAUCACGCCAGUCUCUGCCAGAUACAAGCAACCCAGACAAGCUUCGGGAUUUUAUCAGAGCUGUGUAUGUGGAUAAAAGGUUUUCUGGGGACAGAAGAGGACGAUUGAGUGAUGGAGAAGAUACAUUUGACUCUCGCAAACAGCAGCCGGAUCGCUCCAGAUAUGGUCAGAGCCCCUCGUACGAUGAUCGCAAUGACGACCGCCGGUACACUAACAGACCAGUAUCUCGUGGUUCAGACCGGGGUUUUGAUGACAAGAUGAGUCCUGCCAGGUUUGAUGAGCGUGAUAGAUACGAGAAGGGCUACCAGGCUGACAAGGAUAGGGACAGGGAUAGAGAUAGACGGUAUGACGAGAAAGACCGGCGUUUUGAUGAUCGUGAUCGACGGUAUGAGGACAGAGAUAGAAACUAUGAUGACCGGGAUGGUGGGAGGCGCUAUGAUGAUAGAGAUCGGCGAUAUGAUAGACGAUACGACGAACGAGAGCGGAGAUACGAUGAUCGGAGAUACGAAGAACGAGACCGGAGAUAUGAUGAACGAGAGCGUUAUGAAGAUCAAAGGAGGGGGGAUGAUAACCGCAGAUCAUCGGAGGACCUUGACAAACGAUUCAAUCGACCGCCUAGUUAUAGGGGUGGUGAAACUCCUCCUAUGCGAUCUGUCAGAGACAUCUUGGGAGACGACGUGCCGAAACUACGAGUGGAAGAUGGUUCUCGCUCGAACGGACGAGCGGAAGACAACACCGAAAGUCCUCAUUCCGUCAGCAGCUCACAGGGCGAUGGGCGUUUGCGUUCGUUCAAAUCUUUGGAUGGGAUGGGCAAUGGAACUCCAAAAGCAGCUGUAGCUGCUCCUCAGCCAGCCAUUUCGGAGAGCUUGAUAGACUUCAGUGCGGAUUCAGAGCCUCCGAAAGCGGCAACAACCACAGCUACAGGGUUUGAUCCUUUUGCUGAGCCUCAAAAGCCAAGCACAGCAUUUGAUCCCUUUGCGACGACUACUGCGGAGCCUCCGAAACAAAAUGCACCUUUUGACCCUUUUGCUACGUCUGGGCCUCCGAAAUCUAGCCAAAACGUGCCGUUUGAUCCCUUUGCUACGUCUCAGCAGCCCGCCCUCGUAACUUCCUCUAGUGAUGGAUGGGCCUCUUUCGAUUUAUCUCCUCCUAAAGUCCCCGCAGCACCCCCGACUCCUACAGAUUUUUUCCAAGUAAUGGACGUCCCAGUCCCGGCACAGGGAAAGUCGACUGGAGGAUGGACUAAUCCGCCACCAAAUGGUUUUCAGAGUUCGCAGCCAGUCCAGAGUUUCCAGCCAGUCCAGCCAGUCCAGAGCUUCCAGCCAGUUCAGAGUUUUGAACCAGUUCAGGAAACAUGGAGCGCUCAGCCGCCACAACAGCGCCAGCCACAGCCACCUCCACCUCAAGCACCAGUGGUUAAUGGAUUACAACAACAGCGGCGUGAAAUUGCAGAGGAUCUUUUCUUCUCGCCGCAAAUGCCUACCUACAAUGUAGGAGGAAUGCAUAUGCAGAUGAGAUAUCCCCCACCUCCACAACCUCAACCACACCAUUUUGGAGCAGGCAUGCCGCCGGGAGCCAUGCCUUACGCUCAACAACCUGCAAGAACGAAAAGCAAUCCGUUUGAUCUGCCUGGUGAUCCCAGUCAAAGCUUUCCAAGCAUGGCUCCUCUCCAAUCUGCUUUACCUGGCUUCAACCAAGGCCCCGUAGGUGCUCCACCACCGCACUGGCAGCAGCCGGGAAUGGCUCCUCCUCCGUCACUUCUGCCAUCGUUUCCGCCAUCUUUCCCUCCAUCGAUGCAAGGUGGUGGAGGAUUUCCUCCGCAGCAAAUGCCUGGUCAUAUGAUGCCACCACCUCCGCAAGCUCGCGGGGGGUUUGGAAACCCGCAAGGCUUCAUGAACGGCGGUGCUUUCCCCGUGCAACCCGCGGCCGGGGGAAAUCCAUUUGGUUAGAGCGCGACGAUCGACGAGCGACGCAAGCAAUACAUAUAUAAUCAACGAACACAUCGGUUAGUGAGUGACUUGGGAGAGAGUGUGAGAGGGAAUGAGAGCGCGAGAGAGUGAGCGACGAGUAAGAGAAAGCGUUUGAGAGACUCUCUGCGAGAGGCCAUCUCUUUUGUGGAAUAACGUGAGAGCUAUUUGCUUGUUUAUUUCUUCUAUGUAGGUGGAGGAAAGAGAUUGGAACCAAAGAGAGCUCUCUAGCUCCAAAAAUUCCAGUCUGGUUCCUCCAUUUA